AUGCGGACCGCACUGCUGCUGCUGGCGGUGCUGAUCGGCCAGAGUGUGGCGGUGAAGACACCUCCCACUCAACUGACAGCCUGCAAGCGCGCUGUCACCAAGCUUGGGCUCUCUUUGAAGGGCGCCACCAUCUUCUGCCCCACGGACGGGGCCUUUGCCGAGUUCUCGCGCCAGCUGGGCUUCAGGGGCGCCAACCCCAUCGGCCAGGUGCUGGACAACGUUCCCGCCGACACCCUCAAGCUGGUCCUGAGCCACCACAUCAUCCCCGGCAACAUCUACACCUACGGCGGCUUCAAGAACGGCGAUGAGUACAACACCCUGACCACUCUGGCCGGCACCACGCUCCAGGUGCGCAACAAGAAGGGCAAGGCCAAGAGCUUCGAGAUCGGCUUCAACGGCGUCGACGUCGACGGCGACCCCAAGAACGACCAGGACACCUACAAGCUCGAGAAGGUCGACCUGACCUUUGAGGGGCCCUACGUCGCCUCCAAGUCUGACUAUGUGGUCCACCCCAUUGACCGCGUGUUCCUGCCCGGGUCGGCGCUGGGCGCCCUGCGUAAGCUGCGCACCAAGAACCUGGGCGCGGGUGCCGGGGCCGCAGAGGACAAGACUGUGACCUCGUCUGUCAACACUGUACUGCCGUGA